AUGGCUCUCCUCCACGCGAUUCUGCUGCUCCUGGUGGGCGCGGUGACGACUUUCGCGUUCCGGCUCAUUCGACAUCGCCGUCUCUACAAAGACCUCCCGAAACCCCCGCACAGCCUCCUCUGGGGCCACCUCGCCCUCUUCAACGAAACAAUGCAGAAAUUCCCCGCCAACACCGCACUCUCAAUCUACUACACGGCAAUCGCACAGAAAUACAACCUAAAGGGCAUUUUCUACAUGGAUCUGUGGCCCUUCGGGCCGCCGCAAAUGAUCCUCGUCUCACCCGACGCCGCAGACCUCGUGACGAAAGUGCAGGAUUAUCCGCUCCACGAGAUGGGGAUUAGUUACCUUGCCGGCCUCGUCGGGGAGAACGCCAUGGGCGCGACGAAUGGCGACAAGUGGAAGGGCACGCAUCGUCUGCUCGCGCCGGCAUUUCGCGCGUCGAGUGUCAAGGCUAUGGCGGGUGUUGUCGCGGACCAGACGGUCGAGCUGUUCACGCCGUUUCUAGAGCGGUGCGCCGAUGAGGAUGGUGUCUUUUCGAUGGAGACUGCUGCCGCCAAGUUGCUGCUUAGUAUUAGCACCGUGACGAUCCUUGGUGGGCAUAUUGCCGAGGACGCGAAGGUGCAGUUGUUCGAGGAUAUUGGGGAUAUUGUUGCGUAUGCGACGAUGAUUACGCUUACGACGUCGACGAAUCCGGUUACCAAGUGGAGGACCUGGUGGAAAAAGACGAGGGCUGUGAAGCGAGUGGAUAUGUUCUUUGAGGGGCUUGUGCGGGCGAGAGAGGAGGUGACGCGGGGCGUAGGGAAGGAUGCUGCUGGUCUGAGCAUUUUGGACCGGACACUGAUUGAGGGGCGAGGAGGUUAUUGGAAUAAUGGACCACUAGAUCCAGCUGCUAUGAGGCUACUUGUUGACAAUCUCAAGGGCCUGAUACUGGGCGCCUAUGGGACAACUUCGGAUACUCUAUGUGCCAUUUUCCUCAUGCUUGCAGCCCACCCAGACGUUGUACACAAGCUACGAGAGGAGCACAAUCAGGUCUUUGGCGAUUUGAAAAGCUCACGGCGAAUCCUGAAAGAGAGCCCCUACAAGCUCAAUGAGCUGCAUUACACCACGGCAGUCAUCAAGGAAACCCUCCGCCUCUUCCCAAUCGGGUUCAGCCCGCGAACGGCGCUUCCGGGAACCGAAUCGCUGGUAUACGAGGGCAAAGCCUAUCCCACACUUAACCAGAUGAUCAUCCCCUGCCAGCACACGAUCCACUACGAUCCCGAGAUCUUCCCAUCGCCCGGCAAGUUCGACCCCGCGCGAUUCCUCGAUCCGAACGUCGUUCCCGCCGGAUCCUGGCGUCCAUUCGAGCGAGGGCCGCGAGCCUGUGUGGGUCGUGAUCUAGCCAUGGAUGAGCUGAGGGUUGUGCUGCUGUUGACUGUUCGGGACUUUGACUUUGAGUGCGCGAGCAUCGAGCCGAGGACAACACCACGGGCAUCCUUUACGGAUCUGGAUCUUCAGCUGGGGGAUUUGGCCUUUCAGGAGAAUGCGUUUUCGGCGAAGCCGAGGGGUGGGACGAUGAUGAGGGUGAGACGGACUGAGCGUGGAAAGUAG